CCCUCUCUCUCUCUCCAGCAUGGAUGGUGCAGACCUGUGUUUUGAGAUCGUUAAAAGAGCAGACGCUGGCUUUGUCUACAGUGAAGCUGUGGCCAGUCACUACAUGAGACAGAUCCUGGAGGCUCUGCGUUAUUGCCAUGACAACAACGUCAUCCACAGAGACGUCAAGCCUCACUGUGUCCUGCUGGCGUCCAAAGAAAACUCGGCCCCGGUGAAGCUGGGCGGCUUCGGAGUCGCCAUCCAGCUCGGAGAGUCAGGACUGGUGGCAGGAGGUCGCGUGGGCACGCCUCACUUCAUGGCUCCAGAGGUGGUGAAGCGAGAGCCGUACGGUAAGCCUGUGGAUGUUUGGGGCUGUGGCGUCAUCCUCUUCAUCCUCCUCUCAGGCUGUCUGCCCUUCUACGGCACCAAGGAGCGACUGUUUGAAGGCGUCUGUAAAGGCAAAUACAAGAUGAAUCCACGUCAGUGGAGCCAGAUCUCAGAAAGUGCCAAAGACCUGGUAAGACGUAUGCUGAUGCUGGACCCUGCAGAGAGGAUCACAGUCUACGAGGCUCUGAAUCAUCCCUGGCUCAAGGAGAGAGACAGAUACUCCUACAAGAUCCACCUGCCAGAGACUGUGGAGCAACUGAGGAAGUUCAACGCACGCAGGAAGCUGAAGGGGGCAGUGCUGGCUGCAGUCUCCAGUCACAAGUUUAACUCGUACUACGGUGAUCCUCCUGAGGAGCUGCACGACUUCUCCACUGACCCCUCCUCCUCAGGACUGCUGGCAGCAGAACGUGCAGUGUCUCAGGUGCUGGACAGUCUCGAGGAGAUUCAUGCUCUCACAGACUGCAGUGAGAAAGAUCUAGAUUUCCUCCACAGUGUUUUCCAGGACCAACAUCUGCACACACUGCUGGACGUGAGUCACACACACACAUAUUCACACAUUCACAUUCAGUGGAUUUAGAG